AUUUUAAAAAAUGUUAAAAACUCCUCGAAACAGACGGCUGCCAGCUGUCUAGCGUGCAUGAUGCACUUAGUCAUACUCGGAUAUACCUGUAUACCGGUACCUGGGGCAUUAUCGUGAUAUUGGGAACCACCGUUCACUUCAUACAGCAGCGCUUUGUCUUUAUUCAGUCACAUGCACGGUUCCCCAUUUCCACCUCCAUUUACUUUGUACACAAGUGCGCGUAUACAAAUCUAGACUACGAGUACGAGUAUGAAGAGUGGUUCCCAAAACCACGAUUUGGCCAUACCUGGCCUGGAAACAUGGCUGCAGCUUUCUGCAUUUUUCCAGAACAUCCGAUAAUAAGAACCAUGCAUCGUUCUAAAAGUGGUCACUCAAGUCGCAAGGCAGGCAGAUCUGAGAGCUUGUUUUGCAACUACCCUCAUCGUAUCUGCAUGCAAGACCGUUAUGAGAGCUAUGAAUACUGUUUGAACCAUAUUCUAGAAGACAGAUCUGCACCAUUCAAGCAAUGUAACUUUGUAUCUACCAAGACUGGUCAGAAAUGCCAUAAGCCUGCCCCCAAGGCUGAUCGCAAAGAAGGAUAUUGCCCAGCACAUGCUCGGAAGGCAUCACAAAUGAGACACAAGGCUGCCUUAAAAGCAAAACCCACUGAUGCUGUCAAAGAUACUCUAGAUGAUCUAGACUAUUACAGACCAACUUCUGUUAGAUCUGUACCUGAGGUUCCUGCUUCUCUUGCAACCAAGAUUUUAGAUUAUGGGAGUGAGAGUGAAAGUGAAGGUGAUCCUUUACUGUUAGAUCAAGGAUGGAGAGGAACUACAGACAGUGAUGCUGAAAGUGUAGAUAGUGAACAGGAAGAUGCUCUCAAGUUUGCUGGGGUGUAUACUGCAGAAGAAACUGCUCUUAUCACAAGAGAUAAACUAAUCCGUCUACAAUCAUUAUACAUAAAUCAGUUUAAGAGGUUACAGCAUGUCAUGAAAGAAAAGAGACGGAGCUACCUGGUAGCUCUCCGACAAGAGAGGGAAGCGUUCGGAAUAGACUUCGGAGUGAUAACAGACCCCAAGCAGAAGCGAAAGUUCCAUGAGUACCAGGCUGCUAGAGGAUUCAGAAGAAGAAGAGGAAAAGAAGCCUUGCUUUACCAGAAGUCGAAACAGAGACGUAUCCAGGCUACACCAGAUUAUCAAGGAAAACAGAAUGUACCCCUUAUGCUCCAAUGCUGUUACAAGUCAUAUGAGGGCGAACAGUGCAACAACUUCAGCUUGCCUCUGGCAAAGUAUUGCAAGGAUCAUAUCCUCAUGGACCCCAAACAAGUCCUAUACUCUGAGUGCUCAAAAGGAAGGGGAGUUUGUGACAAACCUGCAUCCCUCAUGUCUCCAGAUGAAAGCUGUAUUUUGCAUAUGGGUUUACCCCAACACAAACCUUACAAACCCUAUGAACCUGAGCCUCCUCCACCCCCUCCCCGACCUAAACCCCCUCCUCCACCAACCGUCAUACCCCUCCCAGAAUCAAUGCUCCCACCAGCACCGAUCCUUCCAUCUCAGUUGGACUCUCAGAUAGACCAACUCCUGAAGUUUCAGCCACAGUUUCUGGAGCAACAGCUUCAGCAGCAUGUCUAUGAUGCCUCACAUUAUAUGGGUUCUUUUGCUCCUCCCGAUGUUGAAACCCCUGCUGCUGCCAGUGCCUCACCAGCCAAACCAAGAAAGCCUGGGAAGAACAUUGAAGAUGAGCAAGAUGAUGAUGAUGCCCUUGAUAACAUCCAAGACAAUCUUAGUGAAGAUCUAUCUAACGCCAAGCCUGAUCAACAAACAGACAUUCAUGUAGAUGUUGAAACAGACACAGAUAUGUUGUCUCCUGAGGUAGAGCCUCUACAAGGCAUGGAACAAGAAUCCAGCAUUGAAAUUUCCAACCAAGACAAUCCUGUAUCCGAACAGACUGAUCUUGUAGAAUCUUUAUCAUCACCUAAAUCUGAAGAUGUCAAAGAUGGUAUGGAUACUCAAGAUGUAUUAAUAGAAACUGUCCUUUCACAGUCACCAGUAAGCACAGAUGGAAGUGAGAAAUCAUCCUCAGAUGAUGAGGUUGAUGAUACACAGAAAGGAGAUACACAAGCAGAUUGUGAAUUGGACACAGCAAGCAAUGUAAAGCUAGAGACCUCUUCUACCAUGUCAAUAGAUGAGAAGAUGGAUGAUGAGAAUACCUUGUCAAUACACCAAGCAACAGGGGACCAUAAUUACAACCAGCAGCCCUCUGAUAAGUCUGUGUCAGCUGACCCUAUCAUUGAUGUCACAUGAUCAUCAUGUAAAAAUGUCUGAUGGACUAUUAUGUAAAUACAGCUGUAUGUAUGUGUCUUAUCCCCCUUGUCAGACAUUAUAGAUAGUGCUAUCUGUCAACUGGGCCCCAUCUUCCAAAGAGUUAUAUGAUCCAUUCGACCACAAUUAUAGAAAGCCAGUAUCCUCAAUUUCUAAAAUACAUGUUCUUUUAAAAUAUUUCCUAGAUAUGCUGUAUAUUCAUCAUUCAUAGUUUUCUUGAAAAUACAGUACUUCUCUUUGUUUAAACAGGAUAUUGUGCAGAUUUCUUGAAGAAAAAAAUGCUUGGAUUUCCAUAUACAUGAGGUUGAUCAGAUCAAUCAUAACUUUUUGUAAGACAGGGCCCUGACCACUCUUGUUAUAAUGCUCACAUAUCAGCAGUUGCAAUUGAUCUCCAUCUGUGAUAUCAAAUCAUGUUGAGUAGCAAUUUUGACUGAGAAGAAUAAUUGGGCGAAGCUGUAUGUUUCCUUGGAUGAUGCACAUUUUGCAUUGUGACGCAUCACAUCGUGUCACAAUGCUUCAAUAUGGAGGGUAUUGGUGCCAUCUAUCUAUUCAAAUGGCAAUAAUGUCUGAAGGGCUGAUAAGACAAAUAUUCAUGUUUUUGUUUGUAAAUAGGGCAUUUUUUAUCUAUUUUCCAUUUUGAAAUGAAUUUUCCAUCAAGUAUUAUAUGUACAAACAAAUGUACCAAUGUAACCUGCUGAUGUUUAAUUUUUUUUGUGUGUGUGAAAUAAUUUUCCAUCGCAAGGUCAGUGCAGCAAACAAAGAAAUAUAGAUAUUUUUUUCUAUAAUGAAUACUUGCAUACAAGCAGUUUGGGAACUACUUGUUGAAAAUAUCUUAUCUGCGUAAAUAUUUAUUUCGUAUUGCUUUAAUGUUCUGUAUUGAUUAGCUGUGAUAUAUACAUGUAUUUCAUAUUGUGAUUGUAACAGCUUUUAUUCAUGGUCAUUUACAAGCAUUGCAGUGUCAUCCAUCAUAAUUUUCAAAAAAAAAAUUAUAGUUAAUAUAAAAUCAAAUGUUUAUAGCCCUAUUGCAACAAUAAUGUGAAUUUUUUCGUACACCUCAAAUUAUAUAAAAUGCUUAAACAAUAAAGAUUUUGACAACAGGUUUCCUAAUCUGGACAAUGGCAUGGGUUUUUAUCGAAUAUUGGUUAGAAUAUUACAAAAAUAUUCAUAAUUUUGUCCUAGAAAGAAAGAAAAUAAAAGAAAAUGUGUACUUAAUAUAACAUCUAUGGUAACAUGAUAUUUAGCCCUGUACGAGCAACCUACAAGAGAGAAAAGAAAAAAGUUUUGAAAUGUACAUAUUUACCUCUCAAACUGGACCAUGUCUGAUAAUUUAGGGCCAAAAUCACUUUUUUCAUUUUUUUUUCCACUGAGCACUGUUUUACCAAUCAGAAUUGAUUAUUGAGAUGUGAUUGUUAUAUAACUAAAAACCCCACCAGCUACAUAUGAUUUUUUGUGACUAUUCAUCAUGGAUGUCCUCUAAGAAUUCAAUAUUUGUAGUAAAUUAUACACACAAGUAGUUAUACAUUAAUAAUGUUUUGUAUAUAUCACUUCUCCAACAUCCACUUAUUUUUUCAGUCACUUCGUGUUCCAGUGUUGUCAAAUCAAUUACUUUCCAAAACUGCCCUCUGAAAACUAAGCAAUUGAUUAUAAAAUUCAUUUUUGUAAAAUGAAAAAAAAGUUGGUUAUCUCAUGCCUUACAAGAUUAAAGAAACAUUUUACUGUCAACGGCACAUAAAAGAAAUGAGGAAAAACAAAAAUAAAAACUUUUUUUUAGAUUAGCAAGACAGAUAGGUAUACCGUUAUUGUAAAACAACCCACAUAUGGUUUUUAAAAAAGAUAGUGCAAGUCAACAUCUGAAAGUCAAGGGUUGUUUUUUUUUUUGCAUUUGAUUGCAAUUCUUUUUUGCAAUGGCCCUUUACUCAAAAACUUGAAGUAUGGCAUAUGGUAUUAGUGCUCUGAAUAUAUUUCAUGUGGCCCUAUUUAUUAUUCCUAUUUCAUCAUUAUUUUGUGACCUUUGAGUGAGCUUGGCCCUGUAACACAAAAGUGUAAUGAUGUCAUGACAUUGUUCUCUACAUGUAUUUAUAAUCUAUUGUUGGAAAAAAAAUCAAUCAUAUGAUCACUCACUAAAAAGCUACAGUAUAAGAAAAAUAUAUUCUUUAGACAAAGGUUGCAUUUCAUAGCCGAAUACCAUGAUGUUGCUAGAUAUAUUUUUAUGCUCAAGUUGUCAUCUUGUCAUAUUUGUGUUUAUAUUUUUUGUCUAAUAUAACAAUAUAGUUAAUAGGAGGCUGCACCCUACAAGCUGUGCUAUUAAAGCAGCCUCAUCCAUUCCCAACCUGUAUGAUAAUCUUGACUAUAUCAUUGUUUUUUUGUACAUAUAAUUUGUUUUGUUUUAUUGCUCAUCAAGAUGUACUAUGUACAUAUUAUAUUUGUUGGAAAUGGAAAUAAAUGAAAUAAAAAAUGAAAUUAACAUUUGGACACUCAUAACUCUACCAAUAGGUUUCCCAUCUCUUUUAAUGUACACUUUUAUCAAACGGAAAUUACAUUCAUUUUUUUGUUAAGUUAACUACAGUUAUUUGAUUUGUUCUACAUGAACAUUCUUUUUUUAUUGUUUCAUUGUAUAAUGAAUUAUUAGAAUUUGGCAUCAAUAAAUCAGUGGAAAGAAUUUA